UACAAGAAAUAUGGCUAUUGGUAGCAGUUCACGGUAGCACGAAUUCUCAAACUGCUACCAAAAAUGGUGUAAUCCGAUACCCAUCUUUUUCAUAGCGUUAGUUCCUCGCUAGCGAUAAAUUUAAUCCAGGAAAAAAUUAACAAAAAAUACAGUAAAACAGAGUAAAGUGUUGUCGCGAUGCAAAAGACUUGGGUUUAGUUUUAACCUUUUCCGCCUCUCCUUCACUCUUCACAUAGAAACCAUCGAAGAAAAAAAAUGAUUGGGAAGCCCAAUCUCUCCGAUUUUUGAUCGAUCUUCGUGUCUGAACGGUGUUGUUUUCGCCAGCGGUCAGAUUCCCGGUGAACCCAUAUUCGAUUUUGUCUGUAAUUCCUUUGAUUUAUCUGAUUUCUCAGAUGAAUUCCUUUGAUUUGUUUCAGCUUUUACAAUUUCGAGUUCACCGAAGAUUAGGAGGAGAGAAGUCAGGUUACAGAAUCACGAGAAGUCAGGUGGUAAUCAAUUCCGUUUUGCAUUUGAUAUCGUCAUGGGCGAACACGAUUGUUCCUUUCUCGACUGAAGCUUUGAGUGUUCCUUUCUCUUCUCUUUUGCUUUGCAGGUUUUAGGUUUUGAUUGUUCCUUUCUCGAGUGAAGCUAGUGGAGUUGAAAUCCGAAGGAUCUUAUUGAGCAGGUGAUUCUUUUUCAGCCAAAUAGAAGUCGUUUCUUGUUGAUCAUUUUGAAUGACUGAAGAGGAUGUAUCUGAUUGAAUCGUUGAUUGUUUAUGUGUUCCUCUGUGAAUGUCAUUGUGUCUGUUUGGUGUAUGUUUGACAUAAUCUUAUGGCUUUGUUUGAUUUUGUUGGUCUAUCGGUUAGAAACUUAGAACAUAAAAUGGUCGAAAAGUCAUGGGUUCAUCUAAACAGGUAAGGAAAAACAAUAUAUAUUAUAGGAACUGAAUUUUUGUGUGUGAUUAAGAGUGUUGAAAUUAUGCUUUCAUGUGUCUAAACCGAAGAGCUGAUCCUGGUUAUGAGAGUGGUGCGUGGGAAUUUGUGAGGUGUGUUGGUGCAGAUUUGCGAGAGUCUGAGUUGAUCAUUUGCCCAUGUAUUGAUUGUCGCAACGUAGCUCGUCACUCAGCCAGUGUUAUUGUGGAUCAUCUAGUAACAAGAGGAAUGGAUUUGAGUUACAAGAUGAGGGAGGAUUGGUAUCACCAUGGAGAAGUAAUGUCAGGGACUGACAGUAGAAGCAAUGGAAGUGAGAAGAGGAAUGAGAUUUUAGGGUUAUACCAAGCAGCUGCCUUUGUUGAUGAAGAGUUUCUUAGGCAUGGUGACUUAAGUGAGGUUGCUGAAGGUGAAGAUAAGGCAGAAGAUGAGUUUCUUGCUAAGCUAGCCGAUGCAGAAACACCUCUGUAUCCAAGUUGUGCUAACCACAGCAAGCUCUCUGCAAUUGUUUCACUCUUUAGGAUAAAGACACAGAGUGGUUGGUCUGAUAGAAGCUUCGAUCUGCUGCUUGAGACUUUGCCACAGAUGCUACCCGAGGAUAAUGUCUUGCACACGUCCUUGUACGAAGUGAAGAGGUUUUUGAGAUCUUUUGAUAUGGGUUAUGAGAAGAUACACGCCUGUGUGAAUGACUGCUGUCUAUUCAGAAAGGAGUUUGAGAAGCUAGACAAAUGUCCGAAAUGCAAUGCUUCAAGAUGGAAGAUUAACUUGCGCACAGGUGAUGUGAAGAAAGGUAUUCCACAGAAAGUUCUAAGGUAUUUUCCCAUAAUCCCACGGCUGAAGAGGAUGUUCAGGUCAGAGGACAUGUCAAAGGACUUGAGGUGGCAUUUUACUAAUAAGAGCACUGAUGGAAAAAGCAGACAUCCGGUUGAUUCUGUUACUUGGAAUCAAAUGAAUGACAGAUACCCUUCAUUUGCCGCUGAAGAAAGAAAUCUUCGGCUUGGGCUGUCCACAGAUGGGUUCAAUCCUUUCAACAUGAAGAAUGUGAACUACAGCUGUUGGCCUGUUUUGCUUGUCAUUUACAACAUGUCACCUGAAAAGUGUAUGAAGGAGGAGAACAUCAUGUUGUCGUUGCUGAUUCCUGGUCCAAGCCAACCUGGUAACAAUAUUGAUGUGUACUUAGAACCGCUUAUAGAGGAUCUAAACCACCUGUGGGAAAAAGGAGAGUCAACGUAUGAUGCAGUCAACCACACCACUUUCACAUUAAGAGCUAUGCUUCUCUGGACUAUUCAGGAUUUUCCAGCAUAUGGGAAUCUUGCAGGCUGCAAAGUAAAGGGCAAAAUGGGUUGUCCUGUGUGUGGAAAAAACACAGACAGUAUGUGGUUGAGUAACUGCAGGAAGCACGUUUAUAUGUCCCAUCGGAAAGGUCUUCCUCCCACACAUCCUUAUAGAGGAAAGAAAGCAUGGUUUGAUGGGAAAGCAGAGCAUGGGAAAAAGGGUAGAAUUCUGAGUGGUCAUAACAUAAGCCAUAUACUUAGAAAUUACAAGAAUGAUUUUGGAAAUGUGAAAGUAAUUGGUAGGAAGAGGAAGAUUAAUGAGACGGUUGGAUCAGACUCCAAUACGGAUGAUGAAUCCAGUGAUUCAGAGGAAGAGGAAGAAGCAGUUGAUGAGGAAGAGCUAUCUAGAUGGAAGAAGCGGUCAAUCUUUUUCAAGUUGCCUUAUUGGGAAGAUCUACCAGUUAGACACAACUUAGACGUUAUGCAUGUGGAAAGAAAUGUUGCUGCAAGCCUUAUAGCUACAUUGUUGCAUUGUGGAAAAUCAAAAGACGGUCUUAACGCGAGAAAAGAUCUGGAACUGCUGGGUAUUAGGAAGGAUUUACAUCCUCAACCCCGUGGGAAAAGAACAUACCUUCCUCCCGCUCCUUGGUCUCUGUCCAGCAAAGAGAAGAAAGUAUUCUGCAAGCGGCUAUCGGACUUCAGAGGUCCGGAUGGUAAAGUCAAGUGAAGAUCCAUCAAAAGUGUCGAGGCUCCGAGUUUGGGUGAAAUCACGAACAAAGAAGGAUGGUACUCCUGUCAAUGUUAAUGCAGCUGAAAAGAUUAGAAAGGCAUCAGAGAUCGAACUUGAGGGUCAUGCCGAUUCAACGACAACAAAUCCAAAGAACGAUAUGCUAUCUCAGAUACUGGGACCUGAUCAACCUGGACGGUUGCGAGCGAUGGGCAGAGGCAUUAGCAUGACCAAAUUGAAUUGUUUACAGGUUAAGGACAACUAUAUCGCUGCAAUGGAACAAAAACAGGUCUCUCUGCAGGAACAGGUUAAUGAUUUACAGAAGGCCCUUCGCCGAAUGAAUAAUCAGGGUCCUGCAACUGAUGUCAGUGAAAACUCCUAUAACAAGGUAUGAAUUUAAUUAAUCUGGCUUACUCUGUCUAUAAAAUUGUAUAGUUGCAUUUCAUUGACAUUGCUUGUACUUCAUGUAGAGUGUAAAUAAUACCAGAUCACUUCCCAAGUGUUAUCUGGUUGACUGGGCUUCUGUCGAUGAGAAAGUUGCUGAGGGACGGGUCGUUUCAGCUGAAGCUGAUGAGUUAGUUAAUGGGGUUCCUUUAGGGCCUCACGCUGUGAAGGUUUUGGUUGAAACUGCAAUAAAAGCAGACACUUUUUUAUGGCGACCUGCACAUAAUAUGUUUACUAUGGAGGAUGCAGUUGGCGAAAUGAUUGCAUGGCAUUCUGAUCAGUGUAUUGUUGCAACAGCAGGUCUCAUUCCAGAAGACAAUGCUCCUACAGUUAAGUUUCUUCUCUCUCUGUUCCUAAGUAUGAUUUUCCUCUAUACCUGAGUAUGAUUCUGAGUCAUUUUUGUUCGAUGUCUUUGUUGUGUUUGGCAGAGCCCUUUCACAAGUUCAGUUAACAAAUGCAAGCUCAUGGACUAUAUACAGAAGGAGGAAGUGGUUGCUUUAGGCCGAUGGCAGACUAAAGAACCAAAAUCAUUGGUGAAUGGACUUCCUCUUGGUCCUAAUGCAGUAAAAGUGUUUGUCGAUGAGGUACUAAACCCAACGGCAUUCAUAUGGAGGCCUACUGUAGGAAAGACAAAUAUGGAGGAUUUUCUGAACUGUUAUGUAGCAUGGCCUGCAAAUUGCGUUGUGUUUGAGCCGGAUAUAACAGAUUCUCCACGUCGUCAACAAUCAGAUUCUAAAGCAGUGAGUUCAUCUUCUAAGAAUCAGAAGUCUCCAUUAACUCCACCAGCUCCUAAGAAACCAUUUACUCCUGCAUCUCCUCUUCGCAGAUCUGAGCGUAACAAAUUCAAGCCAAAUCAAAAAAUCCAGCUGCUGGAUCUGUCUGGAAACAAGGUGAUCGUCGCUGAAGGACGUUGGUCUUCGAGUAAUCCUGAGCAUCUUGUCCACUUUCAGCCUUUGGGGCUUGGUGCUUGUAGAGUCUUUGUGGAUGUUGUGAAGGUGAAAGAUGCAUCUGUGUGGAGGACUUCAUCUGAUAUUGAGUAUAUGGAAGAUGCACUUGGAAGCACUCUUGCUUGGCCAGAGGAUAAAAUUAUAACGGUGAGAGUUUUGUUUAUUUUUUUGUUCUUUCUCACUUGGAAGCACUCUUGCAUAAAUGUGAACCGAAGGUUAUGUCUUACUUUUCAGGUUUGACAAAAGAGCAGAAGGAACCAUGCAACUAUUUAAGUUCUUGUUGACAUAAAUGACUUGGUGUUUGCUGUUUCAGAACAUGGCUUUUGUUUUUCAAUUACUCGGUGUUUCUCUUUUUUUCAUGUGUCAGAUGGAUUGAAAUGUUUGUAUGGUUUGAAUGAUUUACUUAAGUUAAGACUUUAUGUUAUUGUGUUUGAUCCAUUUUAUCAUUUCAGUUUUACAAAGGCCCAAUAAGAUAAAUGUCCAUAUCUAGUUUACAAAGAACAAAUCACUAUUCUCGGUUUAGGGCAAGGAUAGGGGUUAGGAUUCUCAUGUUUUUGUUAGUGAUUAGGUUUAGAGAUUUCUUUUAAGGUUUAUUCUAAUCAUAGUUUUGAGGUCGUUUUAAAGAAACUAUAACACACAUUAAGACAAAAUUAUAUGUUAAUCACAAAAUACAUGAUGUAGUUCCCUUUCCACAUUAUCUUUCUUGUGAAAGGGUUAGCAUAUGUAGUGUUUAGUUUGAGGGUUAGGGUAUAUUGGUGUAGUUAAAGUGUUUAGUGGUUUAUAUAUUUAGAAAUUGAUGUCUAAAGUUAGAUUUAUAUUUUAGAAUCAUGAUUAUAUUUUUUACAAAUUUUAGAUAAUUUUAAAAAUAUUUAUAAAUAACCAGAAACAUAAUUUCUCUUCUUUUUUUAAUAGCCAUCGAUUGAUAUCUCAGAUCAAAGGCCCAUAAUCCACCAUCCAUCAGCUAUCCUCGUUCUCUCUUCCUAUUGGUUGAUUAUUUUAAGGCAAGGAUCAUAAUCUUGUCCGUUCGUAAAUGUUAAUCUAACGGUUCAGAAUUGUUUUUUCUUUUAUCUCCUUCCUUCUCUCUCAGAACGUACGCCCACCGCAAACUAGGUUAGAGAGUUAUCUCAAACCACCACAAAUCUCUUUGUGACACCACGAGCCCACCUCGACCCACCACUAAUCACUGUCUACCCAUCACGAUUCCAUCUCAAACAACCAUGAUUCUCUCUUAAGCGACCACGAUUUCUCUCUCUGGGUUUCCAUCGAACUCAUCCAUAUCAAAAGAUCCUUAUAGAUUCGAACCCUCACAGAUCUGGGUUGGGAACUUCUUCAAAGUCUAGAAACUAUAAUGGAAGGAAGGAAGAGCAUCGUAUGUGCACUGCCGGCAUCUGGAGUGAGACCACAACUACUCCAAAAACAAAAACCACAACAAGAAGCACUCAACAGAGAACAAGAACGAGGACAGUCCUCGGGAGGAAAUGAUGUGGAGGAGAUAACCAGAACAGAGUUCAGAACCUCUCUUGGCUACUUGACACGCAUUGAGGAACCUGAAGAAGACAUCGACCCAAUGUUCAGAAACUCAUCUCUUUUCAGACGCCCACCACAAGCACAAGGACAGUCCUCGCGAACCAAGUCUGGCCGUCAUUACUAAUUGUUGUUUAUGUAUGUUGUUUAUGUCUGUUGUUUAUGUAUGUGUUUUUUUGCUAUAUGAUGAAUCAAUUGUCAGCACAUUAUAGUGCUUUUUGCAUA